GCCAGUGUGUCAGCCAGUGCCUCCAUGACCCAGCAGCUCCUUGUCAGGUCUCGUCGGCCUAAGCCCUUCCGGGUCACCAGCGCUGACCGCAACAUUGAAAGGGAAUCAUGGCUAUCGGGCUACGAGACCUACUCAACAAGAACACUCUUCGCAGAAUGCAAAAUGAGCUCAAACCCCAGGCAAGGAAAGAUGUGGCUAAAAUAACCUUUGACCUGUACAAGAACAACCCUCAGGAUUUCUUUGGCUGUCAGAAUGUGAAGGCCACCCUUUAUGGCAUCUAUUCUGUCUCCUACGAUGUGUGCUGCUACGCUGCCAAGAAGAUGCUGAAAGUGAGUGAUCUAGAGGCUCUGAGAUGGACCCUGUUCUCCAUGCAGGCCACAGGCCACGUCCUCCUGGGCUGCUCCUGCUACAUCGAGCAGCUCCUGGACGAGGAUGACCGGGCAGACAGGGGUCUGCCACCACUGCCACAGGAAGGCAAGGUCAAACAACAACAGAGCAUCCUGAUGGGCUGGACUGCUGUGAUGGGCAAGACUGUUGUUUGACCUAUUCCAAUACUAUUAACUUGCAUCCUUCCCUUCUCCCUAAUAAUUCCCAUCCAAGUUGAUUGUGCAGGUGAAAUAGAAAGUUCCACCACAUAGCUUGUCCAGUCAUGGCAGAUUAGUGGUCAUUUCAUGGAAGGGAGAAAGGCAGAAAGGAUGGAUAUUCAAACAGGGAAUUGACUGUGCUAAAAAAAAUGGGUACACAGUGUUGCAUCACUCUGAUGAUGUCAUGGUUACUGUGGCAGGUACACGCCUUUUGGUUAGGUCACUCCUCUAGAUUGACUUUUGAGAUAGGAAAUGUGCUUUGUUACAUAUGUUUGUAUAUAUGGCCUGCAACACCCCACAAGAAAAUGCCUACUUUUCUAUUGCAGUGACUGCUUCUGGACUAUACUUUCAACUGAUAUUCAUAUUAAUAAGCAAACAUAAAUCAUAUGAUUAUCAACCUUUUUGAGUGACUUUAUUCCCCAUUCAACAUAGACGUGUGCAUGCACACACAAUCCCACCUGGCUCCAGUGUUGGAGGUCAUUAUGGAUGACAUGUCUGACUGGCUCAAGGCAUACUAAUUGGCAUAAGGUAUGGUUGUCUCACCCACACUCCUCUAAUUGUCCCCCAGCCUGUCCUGUCCUGCCAGCUGGAGCCCAUCCUUCUUUGGCUUGCCAGGGGGUGGGAGAGGGCCAGGGAAUGGCACCCAGCUGUAGGGGGCUGAGGGGGCCAAGGAAAUGAGCCAUUACAUAGACACACAGAGAAGAUGAUGCUUUUGGCAGCAGUAGCACCAACAAUAGGCCCACUCUCCCUCUACCAUCUCAAGGAAAAUGGUGUAAUUUACUUCAAACUAAUUUUGGAACAUUCUAGCCA